UGCCGCUCCUUCCCAUGCCUCACGUUUGAGUCAAGAAGGAAUUGUUGAGAGCGUCAUUUGUACUGGAGUUAUUUUUUUCACUUCAGAUCGAGUCCGAAGGCAAGACGGAACAAUGGAGCGAUCUUUAACUCGCUGCCUCCGUUCAAGGCCGACAACGACGGCGACAACCUUCCUCCUCUCAACUCGCCAAUCAAUUUUACACAGCCAAUUCCUCCUCACCAGACAAAAUCAAUCGCUCCGCUUUUCUUCCUCAACCCCAACCAACAACGCCUCCGAGACCAACACCGAUAACACCACUAGCACCGCAUCUCCGCCCCCCCGAACCCAGCUCCUCCGCCCCAAGUACCCGGGCAACAUCGACGAAGUCCUCAACCGUCUCAAUCUCAGCACUGGCCGUCAAAACCGCGCGCCGUCUAGAAACGAAGCAUCCAGUCAGCAGACUGCCGAAUCUGGCACUGGCAUCUCUAGCGGCAAAAGCACCAGCGCGGUUCCUCGUCAGGAACGCCGCAGGGUCGACCUCAAGCUUAAUCCGACGCUGGGUCGUGAUGUAGCUGUUGUCCCUGAGCGCGGACAAGAUUUGGAAGUCGCGCUCAAGAGACUUUCGGGAAUUCUCAAGGAGAAUAAUGUUAAGUAUCAGUACUUGGACCAGAAGUAUCAUGUUCGGAGGGGCCAGAUGAGGAAGAACUUGCGGAUUCGAAGAUGGAGAAAGCUGUUUGCUUAUUCAUUUGCGCAUACGGUUGGAAAGAUCCAGAGGAUGAGGGCGCAAGGGUGGUAG